GGCUUUUUUGGUUUUUUCUCCCUCCUUUUUCCAAAGAUAAAGAAAGAACUAAAACCUAAUCCCAAACUAAAUCUUGCAUUUUCCCCUUUCUGUCAUUUCCUCUACAUGAGUAUAUUUCUAUUUCUAGCUGAAAUAUAUACCUAGAAGAUCAACAAAGACAGUUCCCUUGUGCUGGGACCUGCCUUUUUCAAGUUAUUCUGGUGCUACUGCUCUGUUCUUGAUGAGUCCAUAUCUGGAAGCUGAGUGAUAUGAAACAUAAUUGAUGAAAUUUGAUGGAUUUUCUUUUCUGUGUGUAUUAUUUUUUUUUUUUUUAAAUCUAAAUAUGCAGGAUAAUAAACAAGUUGGAUAAAUUGUCUUGAAUUUUUAUAUACUACUGUAGUCAUGAAAAUAACAUUGCUAAGAUUUUGUUUACUGUGUUGCUAAUGAUGUUUGGAUGUCCAAAACUUCACCUUCCUGGAAGGGUGUGGUGGGUUUUUAUUUUGCUUUCAAAAUUUAAACCAAAGGAAAAUGUAAAGUUUCUAGUCAGACAUAAAUAUCUAUACUCUGGAGUAAGGUGAUGGUCAAGUAUUUCUAAUUUUAACGUGUCUAUUUAGGGAUAUAUUUGAUGUGAUAUUAAAUUAUGUAUCAUCUAUAUAGCAGAGAGAAGAGUGCAGUGAAAUAAUUAACAAAAAAUACGAGCAGCUUUGAUGUGAAAAAUGCUAUGCACUAAGGCCAAGGUAAAUUAGGAGAGCCCUCCUUGCAGCCUUUGUCUUAGUUUCUAGUGUGACAGGAGGAUAUUAACUGCUGAUAAAAUCGGGGUAGGAAAGCAAUGCUUCCAUUAAAAUGUUAUGGUUUUGGAUAUUGAAAUAGACCUUACUUUUCUCUCUCUUUUUCCAGCAUCAAGAAAGUGAUCCUUAUCUUAUUUGCUUGAAAACCAUUAGUCACCAUUCUAGGGAUAUGGCUAAUUACUUUUAACUAAAAAUAAUAUUUUGAUAAAGCUGUGCUGUUUCUCCUGGGAAUUGUUUUAAACUUCCUACGUGCCUACUACCGAUUUUCUGCAAUACGGCUUGGGAGGAAUUUGUACUGCACUGUUCAAUAGCAACAGGUCUGAAGAGCAUCAAGGAUGAAAUUCUCAAGGGUCUUUAUGUCAUGGCUGGAAAUGGAAUCAUUACUGUAUUUUUGAACUCCUGCUAACGUCAUUGACACCCACCUACAGUCUACUAGGAAUAUAAGUGCAGAGAUCAGAUUGUUCACAGAUUAUGAGGAGACCAACCAAGAAGGGGCAAGCCAAAGCCAAAUUCCCUGACAGUCUGCUCAUCUCCAGCAUGAGGAAAGUGCUGCUCCUGGGUCUGUAUGUGGUAUUGACUGUGAGAGGAUUGGCAAAGGGUGCUCCUUUCCAACCAGAAGAGAAAUGGAAGCCUCUUGAUAAUCCCAGAAACAGAGACCUGUUUUUCAGAACACUCCAGGCUUACUUCUCGGGCAGGGGUCUCGAUCUCAGGAAGUUCCCAGCUACUUUCACUGUGAACAAUGAAGGACCAAAGCCUGUCAUGUUCUACUCAGAUCCUAUCGCUUCUGCAUUUGCAGAUUAUGAAGAAAGGAAAAAAUCUUUUCAGAACUAUUUCAAAGGCUGAAAGAUUCUGCUGUGGAAGGUAAAAGAGGAUGCCUUGUCCUCUAAAGUUAUGUGUAACCAAGAUUCUGACUGAGGUAUAAAAGCAACUUCUUUCUCAGAAGGAAUUUAAAAUAUAGUACCUUAACCCUUGCCUGAAGUGGGUUUUAAAAUUCUUGAGCCAGAGAUUUAUGAGGUAAUUACUACUUAGAUAAAAUAGCACAUGGUGCUUGUGCAAACCUAUAUAGACCAUGAUUUUUUGUUUUCUCUUUUUUUCUCCCCUCCUUCAUAUGGAGAAGUCUGAAAAUGUAGAGAUAAUAGGGGAUGUAGGUUUUAUGUAAGGAAGAGUGAGAUUCUAAAUUGAGAUUAAUGGUUUCUUGUGAUAUAUGUAUAUUAAGAAAAUUAAUUUAGAAAAUUAAUUUAGACAUAAGUUAUUGCACUAACAAAGCUUGCAUUAUCUUUUA